UGACGUCUUCGUGCUUGGUAAAAUAUUUCAUCAUGGGAAACCGAACGGGUCGGUUCGUGACAACAUUGACAAGCGCAUGAAGGUCAUUCAUGCUUGAGAAUUCGUCACUUGAAAAUAUUGAUCUACAUUUGCUAAAACCCACUUCUUCCGUUUCCUGUUAGCUCAUGACGCAUGAUUUUCUUCGGAACCAAACUGUGAAUGAUCGCGAAGUUUUGUUCUUUGGGCAUUUUAGCUGACCUACUAGAUACUGUUUGUCUUAGCUACAGCCAGCGCUGUCGACCAACGCAGUGAGUUAUAUUUACAGUUGUCCCUUCUACUUCCCAUUUUGAUUAGUGAUUUAUCUUUCAGAUAGAAUGGUUUUGGUGUUGUUAUACUUGCCGUAUGCCUUAACGCCGAAAACUGGGGCUCCAAAGUAUUCGUUUGUUCCCGUGCGACUAGAAAAAUCAAAGUGCUUUGAAAGCCAUUGGCCCUUUCUGUAAAUGAAAUAUCACCGAAAAUUAGCAACCUUGAUAACAGAUUAAUUAUGCCAAUAACGCUUUUGUUGUAUUCUGUUUUCUCAGAAAUGUUAUUCGUGUAUUUCUUCCAAUAUUAGUUUGACAGGUAGCCUCACUUAACGUAAUUGAGUGGACAAGCUAUCCAACUGUUUUAUUGAGUAUGUUUCUUGAGCCUAAAAUGCAAUUGCAGAAAUAUUUUUUAUUUGCUCUGCGUCGUAUUUCCUAACUGCACGUUUUAAUUAUUCACAAUUCUCCCCGCCUCGUAACUGAAUGUAAUGAAUUUGUGUUAUUACAACCAGAAUUACUCUAUUUAUCUCAACAAAAAAAUCGCAGGUUAUUUUCAGCUCCCAUAAAGGACAGCUGUUAUGGUUUCGAUAUGUGUACAGAAAACAUUUUUAAUUUUUUAUGAUUAUGGCGAGUAAACAUUUCUUGCUUAGGUCUAAUUAUAUUAUAGAUUCCAUUGUCGAUAAGAAGUAUCUGUGCAGCACUUUUUUAUAUCAUUUUUUUAAAAUUUACUUUCAUUAUGAAAAUGUCAUAAUAGUAGUCAAUUCAUUAUCAAUGUAGUAUUAAAUGACCCAUGCAGAACCUCAUAUCAUCAGAUGCCUAAACACAUCUCAUGCUCUGUCUUACUGUCCUUUUAUAGUCACAUUGUUUACAUAUUCUCAAAUAAUACCCAGUCAUGUAUUAUUAAAAAAAUUAAAUACAGGUUCUAAGUAUUCUUGCCUUUCAAAGUGAUGGUGCCAAUGAUUUUUAAGUUGCAUACUCUCAACGUUACUAGAAAAAACUCUCGCUGCCUUGAAACCCUUAGGCUAUUUCUUUCUUCACCACGCAAUAGCUAAUGAUUUGUUAAGUAUGUAAAUGUGUUACGCUCUUUAACUUGUCAUCCUUAUUCAUAAAUCACAUUAUGAUGUCCACCCCUUGGCAUGCUAUGUUGUUUCAUUAGAUAUGCUUUGCUAAUGGCCUCUUGCUUGCAACUAAAUUAUUAAAUUUUUAAAUCCAUGAUGAAGCACCCUGGAAACAGAUGAAAGCGCUAAUAUUGCAAAUAAUGCUGUAAAAAUAUUUACUGCUAUUUUUAAGGAAAAGGUCAAUCAAUGUAAUCAUUUAUUUUCCCACUGACUCAAAACACAUAAAAAACAGUGUUUAUGAACAAAGUGUAUGUAGCUUUGAGGGUGAGACCAGAGAAAUUCUAUGAGCUUUUGCAAGGUAGUCUCCCUUACAGAACCUUUGUAAGAGGGUGUGAUGGCUUCUCCCUUUGUUGUUGACAAAAUUUAUUUAUAGAUGGAAUUGUUUUCAUCAAGGUUCAGUGUGCAAAGAAAGUAUUGUCCGAUAGCCCGGGACUAGUGAAUUUUGCUAUCGGGCUGUGAAUUCUGUUCUUAACUUGCCUGAUGGGGAAGUGAAGUUUUUUUGAGGAGUUCAAAUUACAGAACUGUGUAAUUAAUCCUGCUUAUCAAAAAGUUUUUGGGGCUAGUUGAAAUGAAUUUUGGGCUAGUAAAAUUUAUACUAGCCACAGCUUGCCCGAAUCCUGCUUAUCAAAAAGUUUUUGGGGCUAGUUGAAAAGAAUUUUGGGCUACUAAAAUUUAUACUAGCCACAGCUUGCCCUAAUGGCGAGGUGUAAAACUGACUUUCUUUCCACCCUGAGGGCAAAAAAAAAAUCCCGUCCAGUUGUCUGGGACAGGUAGAUUUACCGACUGCACAAGUAGCAUUUCAUAUAUUUAGCAACGGCAUAGGCAAGUCAUCCUUACAUAAUUAAAGCAAACGUAACUCAAGCAUGCAACUGCCUUGGGCAAACAAAAUUUGAGGGCUCCAUUGUCUGAAGGGACAAGCUAAAAUUGACAGGACUUUUUAAGCCCUGUUUUAUUUGACCUAUUUACAGUUUAAUACUAAAUAGAAUAAUGUAUGUUUCUACAAAUAAUCAGAUGAGUGGUGUAGUAUUUUUCGAGGUAUUGGGUGACAUCUUGAACAAAAUGUUACAAGACUUAGUAAAUUAUCUUCAUCACUUCAAGCUGGCAAUUAUAUGUAUUUUAUUCCUUGUCGUUUAAACAAGUUACAAAUUGUUGAAUAUUGAGUUUGAAAAAGCAGAGCUCAUCUCUAAUAGUUUUCUUUCAACACUGUUCAAUAUGAUGAAUGACCUGCUGUAACGCCUUCCCAGUUGUUUUGUUUAACACGUGACCCGGUCACGCGCAUCCGGGUUUUCAGUUUUUUGUAAGCUCGACUAGAGAGCGGAGUGUUUUUGGCAACGUCGCCCAACGCAGUUCUUUAGGCUUCGCACGAAGCAUGUUGUAAUAGCCAUUACAGUCUUUGACGGUCCCUUCGGUCCGUUAACAUCUUGUGAACCAGCAUUAAACGGAACUAAGGAUCUUGUUAGACGUUUUGGUCAUUGUGGAGUGAACCUUUCAGAAUUUCUGCAACGCAUGUUGCCCCCUCGCGCCGCCUUCACCCAAAAGCGGUCGCUACAGUCAAAGACUCGUAUUUACCUCAAGGAACUUUGAAGACUCCUGUUUAAUCUGAGGAACUCCAACGAAUUGUAUUUACGCCGAGGAACUUUACCAUGGAUUCAGCAAAAUUCGAUGAUAAACACGAGGAUACCGGACUCGGGCUAACCUUCGUGUCGAGACCAGAGGAAUUUCUCAUCGAGAAGAGCAAAAAAAACACACCUCAAGCCCAGCUCACGAAGAAAUCGUCGACUCAACAAAGACUGAGGUUAGCUCAUCUGUUAUUUUACCGGAUAAUGUGUCUUUACGUCCAAAAAUAGAGGAAAUUUCAUCGAUUACAAAUGCCGACAUUAUUGUCGAUUCGAGUAACACUAGGCCCAGGACCCUCACGGCCAAAGGGCGGGAAUACAAAUGUGGCUUGAAGAGAAGCGCUGCGAUAGAUAACGACCGUCAGUUUCGCUCUAAAUUAGACACUUUUAAAGAGCAAAUCCUCUCAGGCAAAGAUCCUAAGGAAAUUAAGGAAGAUAUUUCAGCUUUGAUCAAGGAGUUAGACAUUGUCUUACAAAGUUUUGACCAAUGGAUAGAGCUAUCAGAUGAUUCGGAUGAAACUCAUCAGGCCACAAGUAAACAAGCUUAUCUGCUUGACACAUGGAAAGCAGUUCAUGAUACAGCCGUGAAAGAAAUUGACAAAUUACAAAAUGAUGCAGCCUCUAUCACAUCUCAAAGGUCCCACCGUUCACGAGUCUCGAAAGGGUCGGGAUCAAGUAGAAGUUCUUGCAAGGAGACCCUGCUUGAAUUUCGAGCUAAGAGAGCAGCCCUAGAAGAAACGUUGAAGUUUUCAGCAGUUAUUGCCGAACAAAAACAGAAACUGGAACAGUUGAAAAUACAAAAAGAACUUGGAGAAGUCACUGCACAAGAGCAAGUCUACCAAAAAGCAAUGCAAGAAGAAAACUGUCUGCAGUCGCCUGCACUGCCGACAGAAACCUAUGAUCCAAUUUCCACCUUUAUUGCCAGCAAUAAUGCUGGCGAAUAUCGUCUACACCGGGUGCGCCUGCUACAACGCUCUUUGACACUAGAACACCAGUGACUAAAGUGACAGUGGCGUCAUCGUCCACACCACUUGACGUUGUAUCUGUAUCUUUGAAUCAAGGCCCUCAAGGAUCAACCAAUCGAAUCUCACACUCUACCACUGCAACCACCUUCAGCUUAAGAGGACAAGCUCCUCCAGUUUACACAUCGCCUGCGUGUACUAUGUCCCAAAUUGGACUCACACCUCCAAGAGGUUUUUGCGGAAAUUUUCCAGCGUUUGUACCAUCGUCAUAUACAGCCUACUCCCCUGCACCCCAAGAUUAUUCAGUGCAACUAACUGACACCCUAGCCAAGAUCAGUCAGCUACAACGCCUCCCUCAAGCCACGCCAGAUGUUUUUAAGGGUGAUGAGACUGACAAGACUAAAUUCUUCCUGUGGGAGAAUUCUUUUGAUAGUCUGAUUGAUUCAGCACCAGUGACAGCCCAACAGAAACUACACUUCUUGUACCAAUAUUUGGAUGGCAAAGCCAAAAAGUGGUAGAGCAGCUUCAGUACUUAGUGCAGAACCCUGAAAGUGCGUAUCAACAAGCCCGCACAAUCCUCAAGGAACGUUUUGGCCACCCAGCAAUAAUCAGUACCAGUUUUCAGAAGAAAUUAACAACCUGGCCAAAGGUGGGACCGAACGAUGCAGCAGCCUUAGAAGAAUUCAGUGACUUCCUUCAACAGGUGAAGAUUGCAAGCGAACACAUUUUGAGUCUCCAAGUCCUUAAUUACCCGUCACAGAUUCAAAGUCUUGUCGAAAAGCUGCCAUCGUGGUUCAAGCCCAAAUGGUCUGAUAAAGUGCUGAAACUUCAGAAGAAAGAAGGCAAGGACACAUUCCCUUCAUUUGCAGACUUCGCUCAAGAAGUGCGUUACCACGCUGAGCGUGUCAACAUACCUCAAAUUGUUCAAGCUUCAGGUUCAAGUGGUACACCACAGACAGACCGUUUCAAACCUUUGAACCGCCAACCCCGCCUGCGUCCUCCAGCUGUUAAUCUGACCUCCACUUCACCCCCAGUAACAAUGGCGAGACAAAUGCUAAUCACGAAGAACCAAUAGAAAUCUCCAAUGUGCUUUCAACCCAUGCUCAGCAACCGGACACUACCAAAGCUACUGCGGCUAACACGUAUUGCUUCUAUCACAAGAUGAAGUCUCAUAGCAUGAACGAUUGCGAACAGUUUCAGAAAUUAGGAUACGAAGAACGCAGAGAUUUCCUAAUGAAAAACAAAGUCUGUCUCAAGUGUGUUAAUUCCAACAAACAUGUUGCCAGAGACUGCGAACAAGACAGGCUAGAUUGCAAGAUAUGUCGACAGAAACAUGCCACUGUACUGCAUGACCCAUCCAGGCACAAAGUGAUUAAUGCCAGUGAAGCGAGGUCUGCUUGCUCACGAGUCUGCAAUCAAGGGCAUUCUGCUCGUUCAUGCGCUAGAAUAGUUCUCGUCGAAGUCUUCCAUCAAGACAACCCUUCAGCAAGGAUGCUGACCUAUGCAGUUCUGGAUGACCAGUCAACAGAUGUCUUCAUCACAGACACUCUUCUCGACCAGUUGCAGGUCAAAGGCCAGGAAGUUAACCUCAAUAUCAGUACGAUUGCGGGCGUGAACACUGUGCGUACUCAGAAAGUAAACGGAUUGCACAUCAAGGACACAGACAGUCGACACAAUUCUAUUAGGAUUCCGUUUGCAUACUCACAAGAGAAAAUUCCAGCUAGCCAUCAGGACAUCGCCACGCCUAACAUUGCCCAACUCUGGCCGCACCUUAAGGAGAUCGCCCACCACAUCCACUAUCAUCCCGGAGUAGAGAUAGGAUUGUUAAUCGGUCGUAACAUCCCAUCUGCCUUUCAGCCAUUACACGUUAUAUACGGCAAAGACAAUGAGCCGUGGGCUGAAGAGUACAAGUUCGGCUGGACGAUCAUCGGUCCAGUUUGUCUAGACAACCAACAAGACAGUACGGCUUGUGCAACAGUUAACCGCAUCACCGUACGACGAGAAGAUUCUCACAACCUCUUCAAUGUUCCAACGAGCAACAGUUCCAGAGAAGAGGCCGUAGCCUCUUUCGCUUCCAAACAUCAAUCUAAGGAUGUCACUACGCCCCAGCAGAUAAGAGAAAUGAUGCAAUUGGAUUACAGUGAACUACAUCAUAGCCGAACCAUCCGAGGCACUGAGAACACCGAGUCUGUCGAGGACAGACGUUUCAAUGAUCUUCUUACCACAAGCAUCCAUACAAAUGAACUGGGCAAUUGGGAAAUGCCGCUACCACUGAGGACAGACAAGUUGAGUCUGCCGAACAACCGAGAACAAUGCCUAAACAGGCUACUAGGCAUAAAAAGAAAACUUCUCAAGAAUGGCAAGGUUUUGAAGCAAUAUACUGAGUUCAUGCAGAAAAUGUUUAACAAGAACCACGCCAGUCUCGUCCCAUCAGAUCAACUCAAGACUGCCACAGGAAAGGUGUGGUACUUGCCUCAUUUUGACAUUUAUCACCCCAAGAAACCUGACCAAAUUAGAAUCGUUUUCGACUGCAGUGCCAUCUUCCACAACGAGUCUCUCAACAAACAUCUGCUACAGGGCCCUGACAUGAUGAAUGCCCUCGUUGGUGUGCUCUCGCGGUUUCGAAAGGAAGAGACAGCAGUGACAUGCGACAUUGAACAGAUGUUUCAUAGUUUUCACGUCAGCCCGGAACACAGAGACUUUCUACGAUUUCUGUGGUUCAAGGAUAACAACUUAGAGAGUCAAAUCGUAGAGUACAGCAUGAACGUCCACCUUUUCGGGGCAGUCUCCUCCCCAGGAGUUGCUAAUUUCGGUCUCAGAAUGACAGCAGAAGCCGGCAGAGAACAGUUUGGCAAUGAGGCCGCAGACUUCUUGAAGAACGACUUCUACGUAGAUGACGGGUUGAAAUCUUUCGCCACACCAGCUAAAGCAAUCAAUGUCAUCAAGAAUACCCAAGCCAUGUGCGCAGCAGUCAACCUACGCCUGCACAAGUUUGCCAGCAACAGUGAGACUGUGCUGGAAGCCUUACCUGCUGAAGAUCGUUCCAAGGACUUGAAGGACCUCGAUCUACGUCACGAUGUCUUACCUGUCCAACGAUCCUUAGGUACCUAUUGGUGCAUCCAGUCUGAUACCAUUGGAUUUCGAAUUGAGCUCAAGGACAAGCCUCUCACCCGUCGCGGAAUUCUAUCAACUGUGAGUUCAGUUUAUGAUCCGCUUGGUGUCAUUGCACCUGUCAUCUUAGUCGGAAAACAGUUGCUCCAAGAACUGUGCCGCGAAGGCAUCGACUGGGACGACCCAGUUCCUGCCCACAUCCGUUCACAAUGGGAAAAUGGAGAUCCGAACUACCUCUUGUGGAGACGAUCAAGAUAGCAAGGUGUCUCAAGCCACCUGAUUUCGGCGAACCAGUUGCCGUGGAGUUACACAGCUUCUCCGAUGCCAGCAACACAGGCCUCGGCCAGGUAACCUACCUACGUCUUGUAAACAGUUCAGGCCAAGUACAUGUCAGCUUCCUGAUGGGCAAAGCUAGGGUCGCGCCACUAAAGCCAAUGUCAAUUCCACGCCUUGAACUGACCGCCGCCGUGGUUGCUACUAACGUAGCCUCCAUGCUCAGCCAAGAGCUUAACUACAGUAACCCAGUGAAAUUGUUUUACACGGACUCUUCCGUCGUUCUAGGGUACAUUCGAAAUGACGCGAGACGCUUCCAUACGUACGUCGGAAAUCGUGUUCAACACAUCCGCGACAGAUCAAACCCACAGCAGUGGCAUUACGUUAGCAGUCCGAACAACCCAGCUGAUAUCGCGUCAAGAGGUGCCACCACCAAAGAGCUUUCUGAACACGAACUAUGGUUCAAUGGCCCUGAAUUCCUAUGGGAAAGCGAAGUACCGGUGAUCAGCCUAGACCAAGUUGCGGAUCUACAACACGAAGACGUUGAAGUGAAGAAACCUAAGUCCACCGUCUGCAUUUCAAGCCAUGAAGAAACCAAAAGCGAGGAGAAGGAGAGCUCUCACAGUAUUCUAGAACCAGAACGCUUUCGCCAUUCAUCUUCCCUCAUUCGCCUAAAGAGGAGCAUUGUGCGCAUCCAGAGAAUGAUAGAACAGAGACGCCCUAACAGGCAGUUCAACACAAGGCCCAACACCGGCCCCCUUCAGUCGAAGAAUUACGCUUAGCAGAAGAAGUAAUUCUCAAGUCAGUUCAGUUCGAGCACUUCGGCAAGGAGAUCCAAAUCCUUCAAAAUGCCAACCACCAAGAUGGUAUGUUCCAGGAUCGCCACAGUGCUCAUACCAGGAACGAAACGAUCAAGAAGACAAGUUCUCUCUACAAACUGGACCCCUUCUUAGACAGCAAGGGAAUCCUCAGAAUUGGCGGACGACUCCUAAAAGCCGAAUUAGAUUAUGGCAUAAAACAUCCGAUCAUAUGUCCAAAGAAGAGUCACGUGACGAAUCUCCUCAUCCGACACUUUCACAGCAAAGAGCACCACCCAGGUUAUGGGAUGACCCACAACUCCAUCAGGCAAGCAGGUUAUUGGAUUGUGAACGGUCGUUCUGUUGUCUCCCAUCUCCUGUCAAGCUGUGCCAUUUGCCACAAAUUGCGCGGACGAACACAAGUCCAAAAGAUGGCAAAUCUUCCUGAAGAACGUGUGACACAAGCACCGCCCUUUACCUACACGGGUAUGGACGUUUUCGGCCCAUGGUAUAUUAAGGAAGGCCGAAAGGAAUUGAAACGUUGGGGCAUCGUCUUCACGUGCCUCUCAUCCCGGGCGAUACACCUUGAAACCUUGAACACUAUGGAAACAAGUUCAUUCAUUAACGCGCUCAGAAGAUUCAUCAACAGAAGAGGCAAAGUGCGCCAACUAAGAUCAGAUCAAGGAAGCAACUUCAUCGGAGGAAGAAACGAGCUCAAUGCAGAGGUGAACACUGACACAGUGAAGAACUUCCUAUUAACACAAGAAUGCGACUUCAUCGAGUUCAAGAUGAAUUUCCCCAGCUCCUCACACAUGGGAGGUGUGUGGGAACGCAUGAUACGAACAGUACGCUCCUCUCUAUCUGGCCUCCUCGAAGAUCAGUCAACGCAGCUAGACGACGAAGGGUUACGUACUCUCUUCACUGAAGCCGAAAACCUCGUGAACAGCCGCCCGCUGACCACCGACAGCUUGUCAGACCCACAAGCACCUGAGCCGAUCACACCAAAUCACUUGCUCACUCUGAAGACGAAGGCAGUACUACCUCCGCCUGGCAACUUCUCUCGACCAGAUCUGUACACCAGAAAGAGAUGGCGCAGAGUUCAAUUCUUGGCUGACCAAUUCUGGCUCCGAUGGCAAAGAGAAUAUUGUCUACAGCAGCAAAAGCGUCAGAAGUGGAACAAGACCGUCCCUAACGUCCAAGUUGAUGAUAUUGUUCUGAUUUGCGAAGAUUCUUCCCCAAGAAAUGAAUGGCCUCUCGCCAGAGUCACCCAAGUCUAUCCCAGUGAUGACGGACUCGUUCGCAAAGUCUCCCUCUUCUAUACUGAAUCCGGAAAUAAGAAGCUUCUGGAUAGACCCGUACACAAGUUAAUCCUUGUUCAUCGUCCGAAGGAAGAGACGACUGAUGCAAGUUACAGAAGGAAACUUCGAUAGACCGGAGUACGACCCCGUCGGGGAGCCAGCAGAAAGAAUUACCCUCUUGAACACUAAGAACACUAAGUUUAUUUUGACAUUUAUUUUAUUGUUAAGUCAUACAUUUCACAAUGUAUGGGGGAGCCAUGUAACGCCUUCCCAGUUGUUUUGUUUAACACGUGACCCGGUCACGCGCAUCCGGGUUUUCAGUUUUUUGUAAGCUCGACUAGAGAGCGGAGUGUUUUUGGCAACGUCGCCCAACGCAGUUCUUUAGGCUUCGCACGAAGCAUGUUGUAAUAGCCAUUACAGUCUUUGACGGUCCCUUCGGUCCGUUAACAUCUUGUGAACCAGCAUUAAACGGAACUAAGGAUCUUGUUAGACGUUUUGGUCAUUGUGGAGUGAACCUUUCAGAAUUUCUGCAACGCAUGUUGCCCUCGCGCCGCCUUCACCCAAAAGCGGUCGCUACACCUGCUUCAACAUUUAGUUGGUGUGCAGUUCUUUUUCACAUUUUGUUGGACAACUGCCCGCACAUAAUAAUAAUAUAUCAUGUUCCCCCAGUCGUACCUUCAUGUCACUUUAGUUACUUCAUACUUCGUGCAGUCUUGACAAGGUCUUAAAAUUUACCAGUUGUCUUGAAAAGUCCUUGAAAAGUACUUGAUGUCUUUAUUAGGUCUUGAAGAGUCCUUGAAAUUCACUACCUUGUCUACACCAGCCACCAUUUUAUGUAAAAUAAGAUUAUUUUGCCAAUGAAAAUUUGGCUCAUCCUCGGUAUAAGAACCUGUAGAACUCAUGGGGAACAUGUUUGUGAACAAUAGUUCAUUUCUGUUUCUUGAUUCAAAAUGCUAUUCUGUACCUCAGACGCAAUAAAUAAUUAUUUUAAAGCAAAAUAAUGCUUUGUAAGGUGUUUCUGAAGAAGUAAAUAACACCAAUGAACCAUAUUUGGCUGACACCUCAAAUUCAGCUUUACUGGUCAUGUGAUGAUCUUGUGUUUACAUUUUUUGAAAUCUUCAUGUGAACUAAACUUUGUCUUGAAGUUACUGAUGUCAAUAUGUUCUUUUUGCUUUUAUUUCAGAGGAAUUACAAGUAAAAGAUUCAAUGUAACUCAGUCUAAGUACUCAGUGCCAUGCCGUGUGUUUGACUGAUGAGAAACUUACCUCACCUAGUGCUAUCUGUAGAAUUAGCAUGCCAAAAGAGAUGAUAAAUGGGUUACCCCUUGAUUCUCUAGCACUCAAGAAAAUAACACGGCCCAAGCAGGUUAUCCCAGUGAAUCACAGUAUUCCAUCCGGCAAUAAAGGAAAACAUACGACGGAUCCAUUCAUCAGUAACAACAUUUCAAGUCUCACGCAGAAGUCCGAAGGAUUGCAUGUUCUUGAUAGUGCUGAUGGAGUGGAUGACAUUGAAGGUUCUCCAAUCAUCAGGCGGAAAGAUCGGCUAGUUCAGGAAAUAGAAAACAGUCUGGCAGAAAUUGAGGAUCAUUACUCAAGCACAGGUAAACUGGAGGAGGAAAAGUCAGUUGUGGAAAUGGAAAGGAACUUGUUGUUGAAAGAUAUUGAGGAAACCAUUGCAGAGAUUCAAAAUCAUGUGGUUAAUUCCUCUGAACUGGAACUUGAGAGAGGUGCCCUGCAAGAAGAAUGUGAUGGACUACGAGGUCAAGUUGAUCAUUUAAAAGUGGUAUUGGACAAUCAAGUUGAUGGGGUAAAUGAUGAAAAAACUGAUUUAGGCAUUGAAAAACAAAUCAUAGACUUGAAAGCUGAGAUUAAUGCACUGACUUUAGAAAAUGAAAAAUUCAAAAGUAAAGUAAGAAGUGAUGAUGAUGGAGACAUUCCAUCUGACUUGAUGAGUCGAGAGUUAGAGUUGUUGCAUGACGAAAAUGCAAACUUGCAAAAGUUGCUGCAUAUGGCUGAAGAAUCGGAAGAGAACAUGGCUAAGGAGUUUAAGUCAUGUCAGUUAAAGAUAAGUGAUGUACAAAGGCUAAACGAAAGCUUAAAGAAGGAGAACAAAAAGCUAAAAGCUGAAAAGGAACAGCUUGAAUUAGACAAAGAAGACCUGGAGGAAGAACUUGACAGCUUACAGAAACGUUUCAAAAAGAAUCCUGAUCAAAAUGGAAAUAGUUUGAUGCUUCAGGUAAGAAGGUCCUUAGAGUGACCAACAUCAAUAAUCUCCCAACAAUAUCCACGAAUCAUCAGGGGAAAGGGGUGUGAGAAUUUAUAAAAUGAUCAAUUAACAGCAUAGGAAAAAUGCUUUGAUCUUUAAUUUAAUUCUCUCAACCCAUUCUAUUAGAAAAUGUAUGGAGAACAGUCUGGGAAAUUAUAUGUGGAUAUAGGGGGCCGAAAGGGUCAAUAAACCAUAAAUACUGUUGACUCUCUUGAGAGACCAUUCUUAACCCCUUCUUAGGGUUUAUUUGAGAGUUGUGGGCUGGCAUUGCAGACUUUCCGUGAUUCAAGAAAGCAAUCAGUGCAUCGCAACAAUACACAGCAAUAGCCCAUUCAGUUACAGGUGAAAACGAGGCUCGAGUUGACCUUGUUUUGAUACAACCCUUCCGGCUUUAUUAUAAAUUAUUUUCAUAAGAAAAGGAAAGAGGUUUGUAUCAAAACAAGGUCUAACUCAACCUCACAUUCAUAAAAAGGCUAGGAUGCUAAGCCCACAACUGUAAAAUGGUCUAUUGAGACGUGAAAGAAUGAUUGUCGCUAAAAAGUUGUGUACCAUUACUGAAAUGACAAUUUUGAGAGUAAAUUUAACAGUUGCUUGUAUUAACUAGAUGCAGUCAAUCUAUCUCAGGAGGAUCAUGGGCUCCGCUUUGACAAGUGCUCUUCGUCGUCAUUAUUUUAUUUUCCAUGUUUCAAUACAGUGCUCCAGGUUUUUUUAGAACAAAUCCUUCUUUUACUCCCAAAUAUGACCAAAGUCAAAAUUGGACAAGAUUUCCAAGUUUCACUCAUUUGACUUGAAAAGUUAGCAUUGCGGUUGUGCGAUGUAAGCAGCUAUUGAUAUUGUGGGGGUGUGUUCCAGCAUCGCGCUCGCUACACGAUGAGAUACCAGGAAUUUCAUCUGAUUUACAUCUUGCCUUUAUUCUUCUUAAUCUUCCUACUCUUCAAACUCUUUUCUACUUUUCUACUCUUCUCUACUAACUUCUACUUACUAGUAAAAGUAUAGUGGCGGUUUUAAUAGGCAAAGCUGGACAUGUUUGGAUUAGCUGGCCGGAAGAGUUUCUAUUGUAUGUCUUAUCGCUAACAUUGCAACAGGUUUGCUAUUGUUAGGGAAUAGAUUAGCCUAAGCACAGCCGCAACUGAUAAGUACCAAAGAACGAAGGUCAGCUCUAACACCACAAACACGGCCACUUGUAAAAAAACUAGCAUCUGACAAUGCCAAGCGAAUAACAUUUCUAAUAUGGUAACAAGUAAAUUAGCGAGCUAAGCAUGAAUUCAAGUACAAGUAAAAACAAAAGAUCAAAACAGGAAAACAGUACGUGGACAAAAACAAGACUUAAUGAAACAAAAACUAAACUUAAAAGUUGAGAUAGAUCCGUCUUAAAAAUAACUUUCAAAAUACUUCACAACAAUAUAAUGAAUGUUUUUUUUUUUUCAGGAAUCAAAAGAGGAGUUAGCGAAAGCACAGAAGAAAUGUUUACUUCUGGAGAAAGAGAAUAACACACUAAAUAAGAAGAUUGAUCAGUUCGAGAAGGAAAUACAACAACUUAAAGACCAGGGACAGGAAAAGAAUUCCGCUUCUAGUUCGAUUCAAAAACCUACCGAAAACUCCCAACAAUUGAAAUCAGCACUUGAAAAAUUGAACAAGGAAAAUUCUUCACUCCACGAGUCUUUGGAAACGGCAGAAAAAGAGAUAGAAACUUUGAAAAGUGAACUUAAGAAAGAGAAGGAUGAAAAAGAAAAGGUUAAAGCCAGUGCGAGCGAAAAUGGAAAAAAGAAGAAAAAUAAGAAAGAAAAGGCAAAAGAUGACGAAAACGAAAAAGAUAUCGAAGGUCAAGCCGCCGAAAUGGAAGCUUUUAAAAAAGAGAUUUAUAAUUUGAAAAGUGAGUGCGAAGCACUUUCGGAAACCGUGGCGAGAACUGCAAAUGAAAAGCGAAAGCUUACAACGGAUGUUGAAGGACUCAGUGAGGAAAAAAGCAUGCUUGAAUCGAAAGUCAAGGAAAUGGAGGAAAGAGUCGAAGAGCUGUCAAGGGUGAAAUCCGACAAAGAGGAAUUGGAAGCAAAUUACUCAAAUCUGAGAGUUUUUCACGAUGACCUUUCUCGCAAAGUUGAAAUUGCCAAUAAAAAUAUCAAGGAAAGAGACGAAAUUAUUCAGAGAGCUAGGAAGGAGAAAGACGCCGUCGAGAAACGGUGUGAAGAAUCGCAACGAACAGUGGACAAAGUACAAGAAGAAUUGGAGGCUUCGAAGCAGGAUUUAUCAUCCAAAAGUGAUGAAAUAAAAUCGUUAAAAAGGAAUUUUGAAGAAAAGCGAAAGGAGUUUUCAGCACUUAAUGAGAAUGAAAGGAAAGAGAAACAAAAGCUUCAAGUGGAAAUUCGCGAACUGUCUGAAAAGUUGAGAGUUAAAGAUGAUGAAAUGAACUCUGUUACACAGGCUAACACAGCAAAAGGAUCUGAGCUUCAGAAUUUGAGAAGAGCUGUUGACGAAAUGCGGAAAGAACUCAAGCUGACAAAAGAAAGUCUUCGAGACGCAGAAGAAGCGAAAAUGUUUGCUGAAAAGAAGGCUGAAAGGGCCGCGAAAGCGAUGGAAGAGCUAGAAAAGUCAAAUGCUGUUAUAAACGACAUGGCGAUGGAAAAGUCUCUAGAACUUUCCCGUACCAAGAGAACGCUUGAGAAAAGGGUGGAAAAGUUGUCGAAAGAAAACACUGAAAUACGAAAGAAAUUUGGGCUAGACGUGCUGGCAACAUCCACUCGAUCCCACUCGCCGCCUAGAUUAUCUCCUGUUACGGUUCAAAUGCAGAAGAUCCCAAGUCUUGAUGUAAACCUCGAGCACCUGUCUCGGCCCUCGGAAAGACGACGGAGUGUCGAAGCAAGACGAGGUAGCAGAGAGGAUAGUCUUGAUGUAAACCUCGAGCACCUGUCUCGGCCGUCGGAAACACGACGGAGUAUCGAUGCAAGAAGAGGUAGCAGAGAGGAUAGUCUUGAUGUAAACCUCGAGCACCUGUCUCGGCCGUCGGAAACACGACGGAGUAUCGAUGCAAGAAGAGGUAGCAGAGAGGAUAGUCUUGAUGUAAACCUCGAGCACCUGUCUCGACCGUCGGAAACACGAUGGAGUAUCGACGCAAAAAGAGGUAGCAGAGAGGAUAGUCUUGAUGUAAACCUCGAGCACCUGUCUCGACCGUCGGAAACACGAUGGAGUAUCGACGCAAAAAGAGGUAGCAGAGAGGAUAGUCUUGAUGUAAACCUCGAGCACCUGUCUCGGCCGUCGGAAACACGACGGAGUAUCGACGGAAAAAGAGGUAGCAGAGAGGAUAGUCUUGAUGUAAACCUCGAGCACCUGUCUCGGCCGUCGGAAACACGACGGAGUAUCGACGGAAAAAGAGGUAGCCGAGAGUAUAGUCCUUCGUCUCGCAUAAUGAUUCCAAAUGGGCCAACUUUUGAGCAAAGACCAAGGCGAUCCAGUUAUGAUAGCGAUGCUACGCGCGAUUACCAGAAUCAAAAUCAUGUGUCGGAAUAUGUUAAGUCUCGGCGAAGCAAAGAGACGCAGAAUGCGCCCGAAUAUAGAGUCAAUGUUGUGGCGUCGGAAGUUGUCCCAACCCCACCCAAACAGCUUACUGUCACCAGUUCUGUCGUCCAUGUGGCGUCUGCAGUACGCGCAGAUCAGAAUUCAGCACCAGUUACACAUAGUUCAGGCUAUAGCCAGAGGAGAGAGCACGAAUGGGCUAAUGAAGAAAGGAGAAUUGAAGAACCGAAGACGGAAGAUAGAGAAAGGUAAUGGAAUAAUGUAAUAAGAACUAGAAACGAGCCGAGUGUGCGCUUAGUGCUGGCGGGUGUUUAUUGCACUUGUAGCCUGCGAGAAAGCUCUCCUAUUUGGGUAAGCGAAGUGAGCCUCGCGAGAACGCGCGAGCGAGGGGGCCGAGGCCCCUCGCGGCCUCGCCGCUCGCUCGCGCGUUCUCCCGAGACUCGCUUCACUCGCCCAAAUAGGAGAGCUUGCUCACUUGCCGACUAGAAUCGGAUGUAACUAAAACGGGGAACGGGGAUCGGGGAACGAGCCCGGGAAACGGGAAAAUGUAACCCUUUCCUGUUCCCCGUGCUCGUUCCCCGUGCCCCGUUCCACCUUUAAGUAACAUCAGAAUAAGCUUAGAUGUCUGUAUUUUUUUAGUGACACUUGAACGCUGACCGAGAGGCGGAGGAUGUCCCCCAAAUGGAGAGCUUGCUCGCAGGCUAAACACGUUUCUGAAAACUACCCAAAAUGCAGAAUGAGGUUAUUAAAAUAUCGAGGGACUAAUAAAGAACCUUUUACAUUUCAGACUGUCUGAUAACACAUCCAAGCAGGACAGCAGUGAAGCCGCGUUUCAAGUCAUUGGCUAUCGCAAACCAGGAGGAAAAGUUAUUCAUGAACAUUGGGUGUGAUGUCCGCGAUAAUGACAAUACCGUACUAGUGAUUCCUAACAAAAUGCACGUCAUUUUCAUUUACGAUUAGGUACCAAGUUUUCAGGUUUUCAAACAGCCUCGUUCUCGGCGUAAGAGAGGCUCUGGAAACGAGGCUGCUUGGUUUUGUAAACACAUUUCGCUUGGUUAAAGUUAAAAUGCGAAUUUGUAAGGUAUCAGUUGAAAGUUCUUUUCAGUAUCUAUUACCUCAAUGGCUUGUGUACAGCCGUCCCCUCCCCUCAGGAGAAAAUGGAGAAAAGCCCUGGGGGGAGGUGACGGCUGUACACAGAACUAUUUAUUACCUGAAUUUUCAUACAUCAGAAAUGGUCUUUUUCAAUGUUUCACCUUUGUUAUCGAAAAAAUUUUGGUAAAGUUGUAUUUCCGUGCAAACUUUAUUGCAUACCAGAGUUUUCUAAAUAAAAGCAUUUGUAUACACACUGUUUCCGAAUAUUCCUUUGAGUAGAAGAAGUAUAGCUAAUUUUGUGUUAUGUAUUCCUACUAUAUUUGAGCUGACACACCCAUCGACAGUUAGUAUACUACGUUGUUAAUAGACUGAAAGCAGUUUGUUAUUUUUCUUUUUAGUCACAGUAGAUUGCGAGAUUUUACUUUUUCUCCCGUCGCACUUGGCUCUGAGGAGAGAAGGACGACUCUCCGGUCUACGUUGGUAAUUUUUUACGAAACUGGGC